GACUUUAAGGUGAGAAAUCCAAUAAGAGCGGGAAGGAGAGCCGUUGUUUGCCAAAACACAUCAAAAUUGGCGCCAAAAAAAGCUUCUCGCGUGUGUUGCCCGAAAUUUCACGGGCAGUCUCUCUGUCCUAAAAAAAAAAAAAAAAAGAAAAAGAUUCUCUCUCUAAAGUCUAAACCCCUGAAGAUGCUUUUUUUAUAUUUAGACUGAUGCUGUUUUCCAAGCAUUUAAACAAACAAAAAUUUCUCCCCUUUCUCCCUCCCUCCUUUUUCAUCCAUUCAAAGUUCAAACCCAAGUUUUAAGAAUCUCUUUUCUCUUCCAAUUUAGAUUUCAUAAUAUGGGAUUCUCCAAGAAACAUCAAGGAAUAGAUUUAGAAGGCAAGAAAUGGGUUAUAGCCGGAAAAUCAAUUGAAACUCCUCCUCCGGCGGCGGCACCGUUGAAGCGCAUAACGACAAAAUCAAAAGUUAGAGAUUGCAAGAAAGAUGAUGAGUAUGAUUCUGGCUCGACAACUCCGACGGCAAAAGAAUCUAGGAUACCGGAAAGAUUGGCCUGCCCACCUGCUCCGAUGAAGCGCCGGCCGACAGCUAGAUGUCACUAUAACAACAACAACGGUGCAAGAGAGUUCUUUACUCCACCAGAUUGCUUAGAAUCAGUCUUUAUGCGACAUGUAGAGAAAGCAAAUUGAUUAUCAGUUACAUUAAUGAUAUCUUUCUUUCUGGUUUCAGAGCUUAAUUAAUUUUCAUGUUUAGAGUAUAAAUAUAUAUGUAUAAAUAGAAUCCCAUAAUAUGUAUGAUUUGUGUAUUAAAUGGGUAUUCCAGUUUUUGUCUCUUGUUGUUUUAAGGAUGGAUUUGGCAGAGUUUGCCUUUGUUCUUGGUUAAUGAUGGAUUUCCCAGUAGUUUUUGUCUCUUGUCUUGAAAAAAAUUGUAUAAUUAGCCAUGUUUGAAUUCA